GCGCCCAGGCUGACGCCUCCCUCCAGCCGGGCUUCCACCUGUCCCAGCGCCGGGGAGCGGAGGCGGAGGGCGUCGGGUCUGAGUUCCCAUCGCCUCCCGCCCGCCGCGGUGGGGGCAGGGCCGAGGGGCGUGGCUGUGCGCGGCUGGGAGGCUGGCCAGGGAGACUGAGGUGGCUACCAAGCUCAGCUAUGGAGAAGCCAGAGCCCCUCGCGCCUGUUAGCGGCCUCAGUGCGGAGUCCCCUAGAGGGGUUUCUAGGGCGGUACCUGGAGGUGUCAGAGGUAUACAGACAGACACCGGACAACCCUCCGGAGUCGCCUUGUUUCGCGGUUCUGACCCCCUCUUGGAUCCCGGGGGCACUGUAAUUCGCAGUCCUGGUCCUGUCCAGCGCUCUGAAGGGGUAAAGACCCUCAGUCCCCAAACCAGUGCGCAUCUCCGGGAGGUUGCAGCCUGUAGCCUUGGGUCCAGCAAAUCCCCUGGCACUGGAACUGAUGCAACUAGGGUGUCCAUCUCGGGGCCGGGGGAUCCUAAAGUGUACAGCUCGGGGAGUGGUCCACACUCCGAGGCAACUUUAUUACACUCUCGGAACUAUGAGGAACAGCCCCGGAGUAUCCUAAAAAACAGCAGCUCCAUCUUGAUGAAGAAAACCUCCAGUGCGGAGAAGAAGUCCCAGCGCUGGGAUGAGAUGAAUAUCUUGGCUACCUAUCACCCUGCUGACAAAGACUAUGGCUUUAUGAAGGCGGAUGAGCCCAAGACCCCCUACCACAGGCUGCAGGACGAUGAUGCAGACCUGAUUGCCGGGUCUUCUCUCAAGGUGACUCCUGAAGCACUGGCAGAGAGGUUUGCCACAACGGACAAUUUCCUCCCCAAGGUCCUCCAGUACGGAGACAGCAAAAGCUCAAAGACGCCCGACAACUUCGCCAAGACACACUCCAGUGACUUUGUCAAGCACCGAAAAAUACACUAUAAUGAAGGGAUGUUCCUGAAGACCUCGAAAAACCUGCCUUUGGCCAAUGAGGAGGACAGCAGUGGAUCUGGUGCCAACAUUGGCAGUAGUAUUCAAAGUGUGACAAUGGACCUAAAGCCCAGGCCUGUGGAGAAAGGCUGGGCAGGUGUCAAAAAUGACACUGACCUGGUGACUGACAGCCAUGACCUAGACACCAAUGACUCUGCCACCUAUAGAGCCCAGUUCCCCUCAGCCUCUGAGUCUACCAUCCGGGAGCGGGCUAAUCUACAACGCAAGGAGUACUACAGCCAAGGACGCUACCUGAGGUCCUGCUCCCAUCCAGAGCUCGAGGAGGACAUAGAAGAUGAACAGGACAGUGAGAGCUGUUUGACUUGGGUUACUGAGAAUCCCAACGGCACUUCGGAUGAAACCUUGAGGCUGCAGUGGACGCAGGAAAAAGAACAUAGACCGUGGAAAAUGUAGCCAACUGGAGGUGGGGUGAGGGCAGCCUUCCCUGGCCCUUUCCACUCUGAUGGUGGACAAUAAAGACAACUCCAGGAGUCUGAGUGCCGGGAAUUGGAUGGCCAGACUGGGAGAGUGGG